AUGCAGUCCAAUCCUGCUAUCGCCUACUUUUCAAUUGCCAAGUUCUCCUAUACAAGCACCUCCGUUGACCACAGUGGCCCAUUGGCUUGGACUCAUGUCAAUACCAAUGGAGACCUACAAUGCAUCUUCGAGAAAAUUGCAGGAAGUACACUCACUGGACCGCCUAGACUGCUGCUGAGAGUAAUUCGAAAUGAUGGCAUCCUGGAGCAGAUUGAUCUUUUGCACUUUGUUCGAAUAUUCAGCAAUUUUUCGAGCCCAGCAAAUGGUCCUCGACCAACAAAGCAGCUCUUCGCCGUCGUGGUUAAGUCACCAUGCCUCGCAGUGAAAUACCCUCAAAGCGCAAGCUAUGUUCGUCGAUUCCAGAUCAAAUUCUCACGCGCCACUGAUUACUUCAAUGCUCUUGCUCAUCUGAGUGAAAUCAACUGUCCAUUGAUAGAGGGUAGCAUGUCGCAAGCACCCCGAAGACAAACCUCAUCUUCUACAUGGGCCUCUUCUGUUCAGAUGUCAGCUGCUUCAGUAGAUGAAAGUCAUGCCAUGACUUCAAGCCACACAACACCUAUUCCCUUCUUUGCCAUGCCAAGUUAUGCCCCUGGCAGCAUAACAACACCUGACCCGCCGCCCUCUUCAUGUACGAGCACAUCGUAUCAGCGAUCUAUCUACCAAGGACCACCACCAGUAUAUAAUCCUAAAGGUAUAACCCCAGGCAAUGAGCGGCCAAAACAGACUACCUCCAAGCCAGACAAUGUCAUUCCCAAACUGACUCGACCCACCUUGACUCGACCUGUUUCUACACCCGCCUAUGACGAGGCCCAACUUGAUCGAAUGCUUCCACCAAAAAGAGAUCUGCCCUUCUUGAAGCCCACCCGCAAAGGGCUCGUCCGACAGGGCUCAUCCAACAAUGUGGCAACAAUUCCAACGACGGCUGAAGAACAGAUCCGGGUUGAAGUCCGAACUCAAAGUCAAAUAGAGCGUUACGCUUCGCUUGCCUCCGACUCGCAGUCUCAGUCACUUGUCCCGACACAAACAUAUCAAGAUUCCCUGGUAACCUUGUCCCAAGACGAGCUUGAACCCAGCCAGGUCCAGCAAUGCCCGGUCUCGACCCCAGUCCCGGUCUCAAACCAUGUGAUGGAAAGGGGACGCCUCGAAAGCAUGAACGUCACCGCAGCACUGUCCCCCGAGCCAGCUGGUAGCAGUGACUGUGUCAUCAUAGAACGUGGACCAGCACAGUUGCAGCACCUGCAGCGCCCGCUGACUUCAGAAAAGAAUGAACUUUCACUAUAUCUAUCUUCGCCCACUGCGGAGCGGACUGCCUUCCUGCAGGACUGGAUGUGUGAUCUCCUCCAGGAUGACGAAUUCAUGACACUGUGCCAGGAUACCGAGGGUGUGUGGAAGCGCUUUGCAUUUGGUAUCAAACCGUAA